GCUGGAGCGCUGUCUGUCUCGGCUGCUGCUCUGGGCCAGCCUGGGGCUGCUGCUCGUCUUUCUCGGCAUCCUCUGGGUGAAGAUGGGCAAGCCCUCGGCGCCGCAGGAGGCGGAGGACAACAUGAAACUGUUGCCAGUGGACUGCGAGAGGAAAACAGAUGAGUUCUGCCAGGCCAAGCAGAAGGCGGCCUUGCUGGAGCUGUUACACGAGCUGUACAACUUCCUGGCCAUCCAAGCAGGUAAUUUUGAGUGCGGCAAUCCAGAGAAGCUAAAAAGCAAAUGCAUUCCUGUUCUGGAGGCUCAGGAAUACAUAGCUAAUGUGACCAGCAGCCCCUCUGCAAAGUUUGAGGCCGCGCUGACCUGGAUACUGAGCAGCAACAAGGACGUGGGCAUCUGGCUGAAAGGGGAAGACCCGUCUGAGCUGGUGACGACUGUGGACAAAGUGGUCUGCCUGGAGUCUGCCCGGCCCCGAAUGGGUGUCGGCUGCCGCCUGAGCCGUGCCCUGCUCACCGCUGUCACCCACGUGCUCAUCUUCUUCUGGUGCCUGGCCUUCCUGUGGGGCCUCCUAAUCCUCCUGAAAUACCGAUGGCGGAAGCUAGAGGAGGAGGAGCAGGCCAUGUACGAGAUGGUGAAGAAGAUUAUAGAUGUGGUCCAGGACCACUAUGUGGACUGGGAGCAGGACAUGGAGCGCUACCCAUAUGUGGGCAUCCUCCACGUGCGAGACACCCUCAUCCCCCCACAGAGUCGGCGGCGCAUGAAGCGUGUGUGGGACCGUGCUGUGGAAUUCCUGGCUUCCAACGAAUCGCGAAUCCAGACCGAGUCCCACCGUGUGGCGGGGGAGGACAUGCUGGUGUGGAGAUGGACUAAACCUUCCUCCUUCUCUGACUCAGAGCGAUAGGACAGGGCCUGCUCCAGCCAGCCUGGCCUGGCCACCCAGCUAGGGCAAGGGCACAGACAGACCUUUGGUGCUCAUUCACUCCUGCCUUGAUUGCUCUCCUGGUCUCAGUUCUGGGACGUGUGGGCUUCCUUAGGGUAGCAGGGAGAGCGGGGUGAGGCUCCUCUAUGCCAGUCUUCCUGACAGAAAGGGGAGAAGGGCUGGCUCUCCCUGGAUGGAAGGGCAGGGCAGUGGUUGGAACCCGGGAGGUUCCCAGAAAGCUAGACAGCAACCCCGCGCUUGGGAGGUGGGUCGGGUGGUGGGCUGGGGCAGCAGAGGAGCGGGGGCACUUGGCCUGCGUGCCUUUGCAGUGUUUCCAGGGAGCUUGAGGGUGAGGGAGGAGUCCUGUCCUGCUGCUGCAUGGGCCUCUUUGUCCGAAAGGGGAAGAUGCUAGCCGGUGAACCAGCUGUAGGGACAGAAUAGAGGUGGCCAGGAUCGGGAAAGGGUGGAGGGUCCAGCCCCAGCUGCCUGGGCCUCAGCGCUUCUUCAGAAGAGAAGUCAGCCCUGAACCAGGGCGGAGCCUCAGCCUCCUGCAGGCUCACCACCUUAUUUUACUGUGACAACUCCUCUCCUGGCUGUUGAACUGGAACAGCACAGGUAGGGUGCGGCAUUGUGGCUGCACACUGCCCCCUUCAGGCUACAUGGAGCAGCGUGGACCAUUAGCCUGCUGUGCAGUAGAGGGCCUGCUCCGAAACACCCAAUGGGGGGCCUCAUUAGCUGAGAGGUAGACUCCAGCAACUCAUCCAGCUAGCCUCACCCACAUCCCAGGAGGGUGGCGGGUGGGUGUGAGGCAUGCCUGCCUCCAAAGGCACAAACGCCCGCUCUCAGACCUGUCACCGUUCUCUGUUUCUUAAUAAAGCACCAUCUCCAUUUGGCAAUA